AUGAUUGAGACUCUAAAUACCUCGAAUUUGACUCCAAAAGAAGUAAAUAAGAUGCAGGUUCUUACCUCUACAGGUCAAGACGGUGGUAAUAGGGUUCUUCACUCCAAGAAGGCUCAGAAUAUUGCCAUUCUGUUGAGGGCGCUCAAUGUCAUCGCCGACUACCUCAAAAAGUCGCUUGCGACACUGGAGGGAGCUUGCGAAGAACUAAGGUCGAGCCGGAUGUUCCUGAAGCUUCUAGAAGCUGUGUUGAAGACUGGGAACCACAUGAAUGUGGGCACAAACAGAGGGGAUGCCCAUACCUUCAAGCUCGACACCCUCCUAAAGCUUGCUGACGUCAAGGGAGCUGACUGGAAAACGACGCUCCUUCACUUUGUGGUUCAGGAGAUCAUCCAAGCUGAAGGUUCUCGUCUCAGAAACAGCAACACAACCGAAAACACUAACGCCGAGGCCAAAUGCAGAAAGCUCGGCCUCCAAGUUGUUUCUAAAUUAAGUUCUGAGCUAAUGAAACGUGAAGAAAGCUGCGACAAUGGAUGCUGA